AUGUCAAGAGCCAUUCAACUCUACCAUGCAAGCAGGUCUUCACAUCAGGUGUUCUCCCCGGCACUGUGUGAAUGCUUCAAUAUGUUUCGCUCCAGCCUAUCAUUCGUAACCUCAAGAAGAAGGGAUUUCACCAUGGAUGUGGCCCCCCCACCGAAGCUUGUGCAUGUCCCUGGGGUCUCUAGUGAUGAUCGUGCUGAUCCACUGACGGCUGAUGAUUCACCACCGGUAAAUAGCUCCGGAGGAAACUCUGAUGGCCGCCGCAUCGACUCGUGGAUACGAGUCCGGCUGCUUGGCAGCGGAUCCUUUGGGACGUUCUUUGAAGGGAUCAGCGAUGAUGGUUUUUUCUUUGCGGUUAAAGAAGUAUCUUUGCUGGACCAAGGAAGCAAUGCAAACCAAUGCAUUAUUCAGCUUGAACAGGAGAUCGCACUUUUAAGUCAGUUCGAACAUGAUAACAUAGUUCAGUAUUUUGGAUCCGACAAGGAAGAAGCAAAACUGUAUAUCUUCCUAGAACUUGUGAGUCAAGGUUCUUUGGCAUCUUUGUACGAAAGGUAUCACUUACCAGAUUCACAGGUUUCUGCAUAUACGAGACAGAUUCUGAGUGGCUUGAAGUAUCUUCAUGACAGAAACGUGGUUCACAGGGAUAUCAAAUGUGCCAAUAUUUUGGUCAGUUCCAAUGGUUCUGUAAAACUUGCAGACUUUGGCUUAGCUAAGGAGAUCACCAAAUUGGAUGUGCUAAAAUCUUGCAAAGGAAGUGUCUAUUGGAUGGCCCCUGAGGUUGUUAAUCCAAAGGGUCCCUCCGGACCUGCAGCUGAUAUUUGGAGUCUUGGUUGCACAGUGUUGGAGAUGCUAACACGACAAGUUCCAUAUCCAAAUUUGGAAUGGCCAGAAGCUUUCUAUAAGAUUGGUCAAGGUGAAAAGCCUCCUAUACCCAACAUUCUAUCCCGUGAUUUCAUUCUGAAAUGUGUACAAUUGAAUCCUGAAAAUCGGCCCACUGCCUCUGAGCUGAUGGAGCACCCAUUUAUCAAGACGUCACUAUCAGCUUCUACAAGUACUGACUGAUGUUCUCCCCGGCACUGUUUGAAUGCUUCAAUAUGUUUCGCUCCUGCCUAUCACCCAUAAGUAACCUUGAGAAAAAGGGAUUUCACCAUGGAUUAGUCGAGGGACUACUGACUUCCAUCUAAAACAAAAUUGAGACGGGUUUGGCCAUAUUAUAAAAUAAAACAAGAAUAAUAAUGAAAUUGUAUUAUUGUAAUAAAAAAAAACUAAAUUGUAUGUUACAUAAAACCACAACAAAUUUACUAUGGACAUUAAACACAAAAUAUUAUUAAAUAAAGAACCUCAGUUGG